AUGGAUUUGCCAGAUGAAAUUCUCUUGAUUAUUUUUAAGGAAUUAAGUACAAUUGAUGUUUAUAAUUUAGUUGAUAUAAAUGAACGAUUAAAUAAUAUUUUAUAUGAUCAUGAAAUAAUAAGUCAUUUAACAUUAUUCAGAUAUUCAUCAAAUAAUCAUAUUUAUCCAUUUGAUGAUAAGUUAAUUAAUUUAUUUUGUUUAAAAAUUUUACCUGAAAUUUAUCAUAAAAUUAAAUGGUUGAACCUUGAAGUAUUAGCUAUGGAACGUAUUCUUGAAAGAAAUUAUCCUAAUUUAUGUGGAAUUGGAUUAUAUAAUAUGGAUUUAAAUACAGCUUUACAUUUAUUUUGUGGUAAAUAUUCUUUGUUUCAUAUGUUUAAAAAACAAAUUUUAUCAAUUAUUAUUAAAAUUGAUGAUAAAGAGACACCAUUAACGGAAAGUGUUUUAACAAAAAUAUUUUCACAUAUAUUAUUAAUGUUUACUAAUUUAUCAUAUUUGAAAUUUGAAACAUGUUCAGUUUAUUCUGCAAGAAUAUCGUUCAAUGGUGUAGCCCAACAAACUAUUUUUUCUUCAAAUUUGUUGAAACUGAUUAUAAAUGUGAACACUUUUAAUGAUUGUCUAUAUUUACUUGAUGGACGUUUUCAAAAUCUUAACAAAUUAUUACAAAUGUAUGAUAAUGAAUUAGUUAUUCCACUUUUACAUCGAAUGCUACAUUUAGAAAAACUUCGAUUACAUCUUACAGUGAUAAAUAAAGAAACAUUCAUUGAUGGUAAUAAUUUAAAGAUUAACAUUAUCAAUUAUUUAUUAAACUUAAAAAAGUUUAUUUUUAAUUUACAUUCAUUUAUUCCUGUUGAAAAUGAAUAUGACUUACCAUCAAAUGAAAACAUUCAACAAACAUUAAAAGAUAUUUUAAAUAAUUCUGCAUUUUGUUGCAUUGAUUAUUAUCCUCAUACUCGUAUGGGUCACUGUCAUAUAUAUUCACAUUUACGUUCAAAUGAUAUUAAAUGUUAUUAUUAUAUAACAAAUAAUUUUACAGGUGGAAUAUUUGAAUAUGUUAAAAAAAUCUCUUUAUUUGAUGAAUAUGCAUUUGAACAUGAAUUUUUCAUUAGAAUAUCUCGAUCAUUUCCAUUAGUUGAAAAAUUAUCCUUAUCAAAUACAAUACCACAAAAACAAAAACAAGAAGAAAUAAAUUUAUCAAUUGCUGAAUUUGGUCAUUUAAAUCAAUUAAACUUAGAUGAUGUUGUAGAUGAUUAUAUAGAACAAUUUUUAAUGGAUAAAAAAACUUAUUUAUCAAAUAAUGUGUUAUUGACAGUAGAAUACCCUCAAUUAGCAAGGGUUACUUACAAUUUUAAAAGGAAAUCUACCAAAACGAACUGCACAAAAUGCGGCUACCAAUAUAAUGAUUAA